UUCCGGUUACGGGCGCGCCCAUUGGUCCAUACACACAUCCGGUGCCCCCACGCCAGCCGGAACCGAACCCUUUAACCUUCCUUCAGCCGGGUGACGCCUCCGCACGUGGGGCGCGGUUGGCCGGUGUCUCGCGGCCAUGGCGGCGCUGUGCGUGGAGGAGUUGCUGGCUCGCGCGGAGCAGCCGCACCGGAGUGUGGCGGUGGAGAAGGAGCUGGAGCUGGAGUUCGACCUGGGGAACCUGCUCGCGCUGGACCGGAACAUGCCGCCCUCGAUGCCGCGCGCCGCGGGGGCCCAGCGCGAGAGCCGCCUGCGCUCGCUGGCCCGGGACAACACGCAGCUGCUGGUGGCCCAGCUGUGGGGGCUGCCGGCGGGGCGCGCCGAGGGGGCGACGGGGCCGCUGGUGGCGCAGCUGCCCGAGCCCUCCUACCGCCUGCCCCGGGAGAAGCCCCUGCCGCGGCCCCGGCCGCCCACCCGCUGGGAGCAGUUCGCCCGGCUGAAGGGGAUCCGGCGGCGCAAGCGCACGUCGCUGGUGUGGGACGAGGCGGCCAAGCAGUGGCGGCGGCGCUGGGGCUACGAGCGGGCCGGCGGGGACCCCGCCCGGGACUGGCUCAUCGAGGUGCCGGCCGGCGCCGACCCCAACGAGGACCAGUUCGCCAAGCGGCUCCGCGAGAAGCGCGAGAAAGUGGCGCGCAACGAGUUCAACCGCCUCCGCAACAUCGCCCGGGGCGCCCUGCCCGGCCGCGGCCUCCACCCCACCGGCCAGCAGAGCCGCGCCGAGCUGGGCCGCGCCACGCAAGUGGCCCGCGUCUCCACCGCCUCCCUGGGCCGCUUCCAGCCCCGGCUGCCCAAGGAGCCGCCCGCGCCCCCGCCCAGGGGCGGCAGGAAGCGGCACUUCGAGCCGCUGCUCGGUGACCUGGCGGCCGAGAGGAGGCGGCAGCUGGAGCUGCUGCGGGGGCUGGGCAGCAAGAAGCCGCCGCUCGACCUGACCCGCGCCGUCAACAAGCAGCUGCGCGAGGAGGACGCCCAGGCGGCCGCGGGCAAGGGCAGGAAGCGCGGGCAGCGGGGCAAGCGGGGCCGGCAGCGCCCGGGGGGCGGCAAGGGGCCUGCGGGCGGCAAGGGCAAGAAAGGCGGGAUCCGGCGGCGGCAGCAGCAGCAGCGCCCGGCGGGCAGAAAGAGGAGCUGAGCUGGGCGCAGGGCUCCUCCUGCCGGACACUGAGCCCGGAGGGACACGGGGGCUGCCGCGGCCUGUGGGGGACACUGAGCUUCCAGGGAGGCCUCUGGGGAGCUCGUGGGACACUGAGCUGCCGCCUCCUCCGUCCCGUUCCGAGGGGCUGCAUGGGACUGAGCUGUGCUGUCUGUAGCUGCUAAGGACCCCAGGGGCUGGCUUGCUCCCCUGCUGGGGAUCCCCUUCUCGCCCUCCUAUUUAUCAAUAAAACCUGCCUUUGUCAAGCUGUCUGCUCGUCAGUGGGGGGGGGGGGGUGUAUGGCAUGAGGGAAAGAUGGGACAGGAGCCCCUAAUGUCCUGUGGCAGUUGAGCUGGAGUCCUUUACAAGCAUAAAACUUGUAGCUGUAUUGUGUGCUAGUGGCACAACAGGUAGUGCUGCCUACCCCAACAGGAUUGGGCUCUGCUCUCCAGAGUAAACUGGUAUCUCACCCAGCUAGAUGGAGGUGAAGUUCCAAUAAGAUAAGAGAUACAGGGUCAUCUCCAAUUCCUUUCCCCAGUUGGUAGGAUUUGGCUAAGAAGGGAUCUAAUGUAUAUUUAAAAUAACAUGUGCACUCAACGUUACUGCUACCAUACUGUGAUCUUGACUGAUUUGGACUGUGCAGGAGUUAUACAUCUUCACCUAGCUGUAGAGCAUGUGCUCGCGCUCUUUCUCUCUCUGGAGAAACGUGAUCUGCAAAACAAUAUUUUUUAACUGUGUAAAACAUUCUCUGGCACUCCUUAUCUUAAUGUGUAUGGGGUUUCUACUGUUUUAGCCUUUUUAGAAACAGCAGAAAUAUUCAUCUGAUUUCUGUGGGACGGCUGUAGAAGAUCUUGGAUAGUUGUGACAUUUAACACCUUUAUAAGUUGAAAGGGUGAAUCUCUGAAUAAAAGCAACUCUUUAUACUGAA